UUGGGUGCAAUCCAACACCCACAACGAAUAUUACAAAACGAAAAGGUAUGCUUCUGUCGCGAUCAUUUCUCGUAUACUGCUGCCUCUCCUCGAUCGCUAGCCGUAGCGUUGUACAUGGAUUCCAUCUGCGGGAGAAGACGAGGAGGAGGCCUACCGCCCUUCCAUUCGGUUCAGUCCAUGCCCGCUGGGGGAGUAGGGUGGGCGCUCUGCUCGGAGAGGCUGUCGAUGGCGGUGAACUGGAAAAUGUAGGAGAGCCGCUCGACCCCAAACUCGUCGCCGCCGCCUCCGAAAAAUUGGCCUGGGAGCUCACGGAGGAUCGAAGACAAAAGCCAAUAUUAAAUCUAUCUUCGAGGGAUGCUUCGCCCGAGGAAACACAAGGAAAGGAAGACGAAUGCGAGAAUAUCUCUGAGUGGGACCGGGGCCAACGGUGGAAGAUUUCGCUUGGAUAUCUGUCCGAUCUCGGUGUCGACGUCGAUGCAACUCGUGCCGCACACAACGGUCACGAAGAAAUACUCGGCGCUGCGAUGCUGGAAAACUGCCCUCAACUGGUUCGAUUGAAACCCGAAGCUAUCCGAGAUACGGCAGAAUGGAUCGCAACCGAAUUCGGGCUCGGCUACCUGAAGGAUUCCGUCUUGCCGCAGCAUUCGGUCCUCCUCUCCUUUCGGUCUAGCGACGCUUCUUAUGGUCUAGAGUUCAUGGGGCUCAUGAUGAUGGGGGAUGCCAGACCGGCUUGCUCGGCCUCCCCCGCUUUUCUUGUGACCGCCAUCGAAGGCGGCCUCCAGGAGCGCACCGUUGGCAAAGCCCUGGGGGCCGCAGGAGAGGCCACCUCCAAGGCUAGUAGGUCGAUCGCCUCGGACACGAUGGAAUCCUUCCGGCAGCUGCGUGGUGCGACCCGUCACAAGAAGUAAACUGUUGAUAGUUCGUCUCGGGUGUUGGUUGCGUCGAAGUUAGAGUGCUAGUAGUAGGAGGGGAGUGAUGAAUCAUAUUUAUGACAUUAUUCGGCAUCCUUUCAAAACUAGAACUAUGCACCACCAUUCACAUAGCAUUUGAAAACAAGUUUUGAAAAAGGCAAAACGGAUGUCCCCAUUCUUAUAAUUUAUCCUCAUCCAAUUCAAACAGCAAGUUCAACAAUUUGCUUGAGGCACUUCUGAUGAAUACUCGGAAGGGCUUAGAGUCCGCACUCGAUAAAUACGUUACCUAUUAGCCCUGUGAUCAAGGAUUGAUGGACCAAACUUGAAGUCAAAAUCUCUGAAAUCGUGAAGUCUCCUAAUGUCCAUCAAUGUUGGAUAAACGUUGGAAAGCAUCGAUUUGAAAGCUGGGCGAUUCUAAGAACUCCACGAGGUUGAAGACAUCAUUGUAAUGAACUUUUUCAGCUGAA